AGGUCGUUGAAACAUCAGAAGAGGUGACCUACACACCGAGGCACCUCCCCCUCCCCCCUCUGGAGGAUUCAACAGAGCUUAUCGGGUAGUGGUGUUGUGUGUCAUCUCUUUCGUGGUACAUUGCUGUCUUUUCUCUCUACAUACUGACAGACAUCCAAACAGCGACACACACAUAGCAACAAAAACACCUUUUUUUGCGUAGGUUUAUAUUGUAUAGAAUUUCUUUUUGUAGUUAGCGGUAGUCGACAUCCUCGUGCGCAGCGGAUUCGCCUUUUUUCUUUUUGAAGGCAUCUCCUCUCGCCACGCACUGCUCUAGUAGAACGUAUUACCGGGUUGCGUAGUCACUUCUGUCGUGCUCAACGGCUCUUCUUCUUGCUGCGUUUGCUGCCGUUCCUGCACUGUGAGACUGCUUUAAUCUGUUGUCUUCUCUCCUUCAUUCCUUUUUUUUUUUACUGUCAAGGCAACCUUGAAAAACUGUCUAUCGUUUUCACUUAGCUUGGGCUUCACGUACAACAUGCUUAGCCGCGCCUCUGCCUCGCAGGCAGGUCGCGCCGCGCCAUCGAUCGCCGUGGCCGCCCUCUCGUCCUCGCAGCGCCAGUACCACGGCUUUCAGUUUGCCAGCUUCCAUGGCUGGACACUACCCUACCACGCCAAAUCGACCCGCGUCACGAAGGAGGAGUUAGAGAACCAGCGCUUCUUCACAGACCGCCCCCGUGAGAAGUGGGACUACCACCGCGUCGACGAGAACAUCAACUCUCAGUCUGAGUUUCGCAGCAACGAAGGCCGCGAGGGCUUCUACCAAGGCCAGCGAGAGGAUAACUCGACGAUGAACCACGGUAGCCUGCACACCCCGCACCACUACCGCUUGUACGAUUACUUUGACGAGUACACGAAGCCUGGGGUUGACAGGAAAGUUGCGGCGUGCUACGCGGUGAAGGAUCAGUGGGACGCCGAGGAGUUUUACUACCCCGGCGAGGCGUGGCAGCGCAACCGCCCUGGCUUUCGCAGCGUGCCGAAGGAGCUGCUCAACCGGCAGACGUGGUACCACUGGUCCGACACGAUCACCAAGUGGGAUGAGAUACAGCCGACCAUCCGCACGCGGUCGUGGAACCCCGACUGGCCGCCGCCGGGUUACCAGAUGCCGAAGCUACAGUGCAAGAAGGAGUUCUACUUCGGCAUGGAAGACGAGGGUCUGGUGUCGGAGGUGGAGCGCUACAACUGGUUCCGUUCGUGGAGUGACAGCAACAUGCGCGUUGGAUGGCGCGAAAUCCCGCUCUUCAUUAUGCUCUUCGGCACCCUGUGGCUCAUCGCCCGCAACGCCAUGUCGGUGACGGCGAUGCGCGCUAUGUCGAGCAACAUGUACUACCCGGGCCGCACGAUGAUACGUCCGUUCGGUGUGCCGAAGGAUUGGGAGACGGACUACUUCUGGUGGCAGCGUCCACUUGAGGAGUUUCCGAAUCAGGAUGAGGUGUGGUACAUGAACCAGUCGCGCUUCGGCUACAUCAACUACAUUAAACGGCGCGAUGCCCGUGAGAAGGCGCUCGCUGAUGCGGAGGCACCGGAAGCAGCGUAG